AUGUUAUCUGUCCUUCGGAAUUCUCGCCGUCUGUCAAUAGCAGAUCGAAUUUUGGAGCGAUCUGGUAGAUUCUGGCCUAACCUGUCAUCCCUUGUACGCUGUAAAUCAGAGAAUGUAGUCGUCACUAUUGCUAACGUGUCGAAAGAAGUGAGGCCAGCAAACAAUCCAGAAUACGUUCCAAGAAAAUACUUAUUAAAUACUCACUCUCAGGAGUCGCUGAGGCAUUUGAAAUGGAUGCUCCAGAAGGACGUUUUGCGACAGGACAUGUUCUUGAUGGGCGGACCGGGUAUAAGGAGACGCGAGCUCGCACUCGCCUUCCUAGAGUUAACUGGACGAGAACUAGAAUUCAUCGCGCUUACUCGCGACACGACAGAAGCAGACUUGAAGCAGAGGAGAGAGAUCAAAAGCGGUACCGCUUAUUAUCACGAUCAGAGUGCGGUGAGGGCUGCGACCAACGGGCGAGUUCUCUUGAUCGAGGGUGUGGAGAAAGCAGAACGAAACGUGUUACCAGUGUUAAACAAUUUAUUAGAGAAUCGCGAGAUGCAUUUAGAAGAUGGUAGAUUUCUUAUUCCGGCAUCUCGCUAUGAUAAAUUACUGAAGAUGCAUACUCAGGCGGAGUUGGACAAGUGGCGUCUCAUACGAGUCAGUGAAGAUUUUAUAGUAAUAGCGCUGGGUUUACCAUCACCGCGAUAUCCUGGUCAUCCUUUAGAUCCACCUCUCAGAUCUAGGUUCCAGGCUCGUCACAUUCCGCCUCCGACAUUCGAGGAACAACUCGAGGGCUUGAGAAACUUAGCGCCUAAUGUCGAUGCUGGGAAAUUGUCGCAAUUAUUAUCAUGUGCUCACGCAUUGGUUACCCCAGAAGCUGUCACCAUAGGUCUGCCAGAUUUUCCUUUGGACAAUUUGUCGUCGGCCGCUUUUAUUAUGGACAAAAGCCCAGACUUGUCAGUCUACGACGUUUUCUAUAGAUUUUAUCCGUACAAACUAUUUUUGGGUAAGGAGGGUCAGAAUGCUGUCGAGGAUAUCCUUGGAACAUUUAACGUAUUGAACGAUUCUAGAACGAAGCGUACUGUUACUAGUAAAGUAGACGCUACCAAGAAGGCUGACGAUCUCUUAGCGAUUAGCAUAAAACGCGAUAACACAAAAACAAGUUUUCAUGUUCCCUGCGGCACGAGUCAAUUAUCUAACGCGAACAAUGAUCAUUAUAUAGAGACUAAUUAUCAAAAUAACUUGCUGGCGAAUAUGCUGGAAUCCCAUUUGACGUCUGAUUUUUGUUUGAUCGGACCGAAAGGCUGCGGCAAGUCCACCACUAUCCGACGACUCGCCGAUUUAUUAGGUUAUCAAGUGGAGCCAAUAGUGCUUUAUCAGGAUAUGACUUCCAGGGAUCUGAUACAACAACGAACUACGUCGCUUAAUGGCGACACGAUGUGGAGAGAUUCGCCGCUGGUCGACGCAGCUCUGCAUGGCAAACUGGCCGUGCUGGAUGGCAUCAACAGGAUUCAUUCCAGUACCUUAGCUAUAUUGCACAGAUUAGUCCACGAUCGGGAGUUGCAAUUGCACGACGGUAAGCGGCUCAUUCGCGCCGAUCGUUACGAUGAAAUAAAGAAAGAGUACAACAGAUCCGACGAGGAAAUGCGCGAUUGCGGUGUUCUGCGAAUUCAUCCCGCCUUCAGGUUAAUAGCCUUGGCCGAACCACCGAUCGUCAAUAGCUCAUCCGGCCAAUGGUUGAAUUCUGAAUUACUUAGUUUGUUCCUCUUCCACGAGAUGAGGCCGCUCGACAAGCGCGAGGAGAUUCAUAUUAUUCGGUCGAAGUUUGGAGAACCCAGCCAAGCGUUAUUGAGUAUCGUCGAAUUAGCGCAUGUUUUACGUUCAUCCAACGAUCCGACCCUACAGUCUCUCGCUGGGUCGCUCAGCACCCGGCAGCUUCUGCGAAUCGCGGAGCGAAUGCACCGGUUCCAAUGUGACGACGUUUACAACGCGGUGCAACGCGCGUGUCUAGCGCGCUUCUUGCCGACGAUUGCGAAAGAGGCUCUCGAGGACUCCUGCCGUCGUCUUGACAUUAUUUCGCAGAAAACCACGGCAGAUUCGAUGAUCGAGUAUUCUGUUACGAAAGACUCCGUGAGGAUCGGUAACACCGUCGCGGAUCGGUAUCUCACUGCGGCGCUCAGUAAAGUACCUGACAUUCUGUUCUAUGAUGUUCCGGAACAUGUUGCGCUCUUAGAGAGGCUGCUGCAAGACUUCAGUCUGGGACAGAAUCUUCUGCUUGUCGGCAAUCAGGGUGUCGGUAAGAACAAGGUCGUAGAUCGGCUGCUGCAGCUGCUGAACAGGCCGCGCGAAUACAUUCAGCUGCACCGCGACACGACCGUACAGACUUUGACCCUGCAGCCAAUGGUCAGGGACGGUAAAGUCGUUUACGAGGACUCGCCACUUGUGCAGGCCGUUAAACUGGGCCACGUCCUUGUCGUCGAUGAGGCAGACAAAGCACCCACGCACGUGACAUGUAUAUUGAAAACUCUGGUAGAAUCGGGUGAAAUGAUUCUGUCGGAUGGUAGACGAAUUGUUCCCCAUGUCAGCGGCAACGCCCCCAACGCAAACAACAUACCUAUGCAUCCAGACUUUAGAAUGAUCGUGUUAGCGAAUAGACCGGGCUUCCCGUUUUUGGGCAAUGACUUUUUCGGCGCUCUGGGAGAUCUAUUCAGCACGCAUUCUGUCGACAAUCCGAGUAUACAAAGCGAGAUUCAGCUCCUGAAACAAUACGGUCCGCACAUAGACGAUCGGACGAUACAUAAAUUAGUGAAAGCUUUCGGUGAGCUGAGAAGUAUGGCCGAUCAAGGUUUAGUCUCGUAUCCGUACUCGACUCGAGAAGUUGUUAAUAUAGUUAAACAUUUAGAGAAAUUUCCAAACGAGCCGUUGGGCACUGUAGUACGCAAUGUCUUCGAUUUUGAUCGAUAUAGCCAGGAAAUAUUCGACACUUUGGUAACCGUGCUUCAUAAGCAUGGGAUUCCUGUUGGAACGAGUCCAACCAAUAUUGCCUUAGCUAAGGAAAUAUCUUUGCCUGAGAUGAAGAUCUGCGGUAGUUGGAAUGUUCUAAGCACGUUCCAAAAUAUACCUGUUCAGGAAAGAUACAUUAAGUUGAAACCACCAACAUUUCCGGCGCAAAACGAUCGAACUCUAGAUCGAAUCGAAGCCAGAUCGGCCUGGUUCACGGAACUCCAAAGUUACUGGACAAUACCCAUUAGCGAGAACAGCACAGUGACCGCUUUAGCGGUCGCGAAUGGAAGUAAAGGGGAUGGCACGGAUGACAGGAUAUACGCUCUCACAUCGAAUCCUUUGAGUAUAUUUAGUAUGACGCCGGAGUCUGAGCAGAUUCGCGAAACGUCCUUGCAAGGCUUAAUUAGCCCUGUCAGGGGCAAUAUGCCGUUUUACAACGUCGCGGUUGACAAUCUCGGGAACGUUUUAAUUCACGAAGAAACUAGCAAUUCUAUACUUGUGGUAAACAUAAACGAGGGUUCAGUUCAAGAACUGCAGUUUUCAACCUUUCUGGAUGUCGCCGAUAGAAUAUCGAAUGCCUUCAGAAGUAAAAAUCUUCAAUGGAAGAUGAAAGCGAAUCUACUCUCGUCGCAUAAUCUGAUUGUCUUGUAUACGCAAAACCACGACAAAAUCGAAAUUGUCAAUUUACAAAACAUGUGUGCUUAUUCGAUAAGUUUACCGUGCAACAUCGAAUUGGUCUUGCUCGCGUCCAAUAAAAAAUGGUUAAUCCAGGACGUGUCGAAGAACAAGUACGUUCUUACGAAAUCCUCAGAUUCUGAUCCGUGCCCGAACGUGUUACGUGAAUUGGAUGAGUCUAAUAGCGUCGAUCUAAAGACUGGCAGUGUCUUAAAUUGUGGCAACAGUAGUUUGUAUAAAACGGAGUUGAGCAAAGCUCUUCAGCAGAAAAUAGACUGUCCAAAUAGACUCCUGGUGACAGACAAUACCUACGCCGGUAUAGUGACGGGAUUCCCCGAUUUAGAUAGUUCUAACGAGUUACAUUUCUGGCCAAGAAGAGGAAGAACGCGCAGCUUCAUAACACCCAUCAUUACGCAGAAUGGACAAGUGAUCAGAACAAUCUCGCCUAAUCAAGUACCCGAUGAGGUUUAUCCAAAAGAUACAAAGCAUAUGGGAAUUUCCGGUUACUUGGAGAUAGUCGACACAGUAAACCACAAGCUGCGAUAUAUACCUAUUCCAGAACCGGUUAAUGUCUCGCCAUUGACACAAUGGCUGUAUGCGAAGGAUCUUCCGCUUUAUGCGUCACUUACGUCGAACGAAGGUCUCGUCACAAUAGACGCCGGUGGCUGCGUUCGUGUAUGGGAAACAUCCAUCACGGAUAUAGAAAAGUCGUUAGGUGCGUGGCGUAAAAUGAUAGGAGCCGGCGAGGAAAACAUGCAGAUUACUAAAGAGAGGUAUUCGGGGCAGGAUGUCAGCGGGCCAAAACACGGAAAGGUCGAUAAGAAUAAUGAACCACACGUGGGUGGCAACACUUGGGCUGGGGGAACCGGAGGCAGAGAUACGGCUGGUUUGGGCGGAAAAGGAGGUCCAUAUCGGUUGGACGCUGGACACACGGUACAUCAACUGAGUGACGAGGAGAAGAAUGCAGUACCCGAACAUAUAAAGAAAGCUGCUCGCGAGAUGGGUCUUCGAGCAUUCAAGCAGCGACUCAAGGACAUAAAAAUGAGCGAAUACGACCACAAACUGUAUUCUCAGUUCAGUGACGCGGUUCAUAAUCAAGUGCAGGCCUUGAGGGUCAUAUUAGGUACGCUGCAGGCGAAGAGCAACGAGCGGCAGUGGUGCAGGCAUCAGACGUCGGGCGAGCUGGACGACACGAAAUUAAUCGAGGGAUUAACGGGUGAGAAAACGAUUUAUCGGCGCAGGGCGGAGAAGGAACCGGAGAUCGGCGCUCCGCAGUUGAAGCCGAAGCGAUUAAAACUCGUCGCGGAUGUAUCCGGCAGUAUGUACAGAUUUAACGGUUACGAUGGUCGGUUGGAUCGCGAGUUGGAGGCCUGUGCCAUGGUGAUGGAGGCUUUCAGCGGGUACGAAGGUAAAUUUCAAUACGACAUCGUUGGCCAUUCCGGCGACGAUUACCGUAUUGUCUUUGUUGAUCGCACACAACCGCCAACGGACAAUAAACGAAGACUGGAGGUGAUUAAGACGAUGCACGCUCACUCGCAAUUUUGCAUGUCCGGCGAUAAUACAUUACAGGCGACGCAGCACGCAAUUGCGAGUCUGGCGAAAGAGGAUUCUGACGAGUCUAUCGUAGUUGUACUCUCGGAUGCGAAUCUAGAUCGUUACGGGAUUUCUCCUGAACGAUUCGCAAAAUUAUUAACGUCUAAUUCGGACGUAAAUGCCUAUGCUAUUUUUAUUGGAUCUUUGGGUGAUCAAGCAACAAGAUUGAUGAAGAAGAUGCCUUCUGGUCGCGCAUUUGUGUGCAUGGAUCUUAAAAAUAUACCACGAAUUCUACAGCAGAUAUUUGCCGCUUCGGUUUUAAGUACGACACGAUCAACUUAACGUGAAUAAUAAUUAGUUGAAUUUAUAUAGAAAAAUG